GGAGGUGUCGCCUAAUAAUAACGGACUGGCCGUUUCCAGCCAUCCACUCGCAGAUAUACCUUUUAGUAGCUUAAGGGUGUGAACAUUUCGACGUUCACUGCUCGGUUUUAUAAACUAGGCUACUGUAUUCGAUGAAUAUCGGGAUGAUUUCCCUCAGCAGCUCCCUGCUUGGAUAACCUUAUCACUGUGCUGUGUGGAUGCUCCGGAUAACGGGUCUCCCUACCAUUCCCGACCAGAGCUGUCUUGGAAAUGAAAGGAAAUGAUUGACUGGACAGGCAGUGAAUGCUAGACGCACAAGUCACUGACCUCACACUGUCAACCGCAGAAGAGCAGCUGGAUGUAGUUACCUGGCCAUCGUUAAGUUGACAGGACCAUCCUGGAUUGUGUACCACCGUUCAACUACGAGUGAAGAGGAGCCUGUAAUUGUGAUGAGGAAGACAGGGACUGUUUCUGUUCAUCAGAGGAACCUGGCGUUCAGCCUGUUAGAGCCACGAAAUCUCCAAGGGAGGAAAUAUUCUCAGACAUCACUUGGAAAUUGGAAUUUUCAAUAAGUGGCUUCUCUCUGUUUUUCCCUUCCUUCCACCUCCGAGACAACUGAGUUUUUAAUCUACCACUGCACCAUGUCUCUAUCGAAGUGGAGGAAGAUCAGGGCAUUUACUGUGUUUUCAUGCAUUGUAACUUUCACCACAUUCCUCUUCAGUUACACGUUGAGAGAUCCCUCUCUGUACUUCUUCAAAUACGCCAUCCGCAAGUCGGACAGCUUCUUCUCUAAGGGCCAGUGUGGCUGUCGACAGUGUAUGACCGAGCUGGAGGACGACCCCUGGUUCACUGAGAGGUUCAACCUGUCUGUCCACCCUCUGAUGUCUAGGAGGAACAGCCUGCUGACUGACGACACAUACCGCUGGUGGCAGUGGUUGCAGGCAGAGCAAGAGCCGGCCAACUUCAGCGAGGUGGUGGAGAAGUUGUUCCAGGUCAUCCCUGAUGCUGAACUUUACAUGGAUGCGGGCCCUGAGCGCUGUAGGACCUGUGCUGUGGUGGGGAACUCUGGGAACCUUAAGGGCUCCCGCUACGGAGCCCUCAUCGACUCCAGUGAUGUCAUCAUCAGAAUGAACAUGGCUCCUACCUCUGGCUAUGAGGAGGAUGUUGGGAGCCGGACCACACAUCACGUCAUGUACCCAGAGAGUGCCAUAGAUCUGGACAACACCACCAGUCUUCUGCUCAUCCCCUUCAAGACUCUGGACUUGCAGUGGAUCACCAGUGCCUUGACUACAGGCUCCAUCAAACAAACGUACAUUCCUGUCCAGUCCAGGAUUAAGGCAAACAGGAACAGGGUGUUGAUAUACAGCCCGACCUUCUUUAAAUAUGUCUAUGACGCAUGGCUGGAGAGUCAUGGCCGGUAUCCAUCCACUGGCUUCCUCAGCCUAUUGUUUUCCAUUCAUAUCUGUGAUAAGGUGAGUGUGUACGGGUUCGGAGCGGAUCAGUACGGGAACUGGCACCACUACUGGGAAGAGAAUCACCAGGGAGGAGCAUUCCGCCACACCGGGGUGCAUGAUGCUGACUAUGAGUACAACGUUACCCUGCUUCUGGCUGACAAACACAAGAUCAAGAUUUUCAAAGGCUUCUGAUGUCUGGAGAUGUCACUGGCCUGAGACCAUCAAGCCUCUUGAAUGAAAUUCUGUCAACUCAGAGGUUAACCACUGGGCAUAAACUGGUUGAAUCAACAUUGUUUCAACGUAAUUUGUCAACGUAUUGUGACGUGGAAUCUGUGUAAAAUUCAUUGGAUUUGCAAAAAGUAAUCAACUGUUGUUUUGAGGGUGAAAUUUCAACCACAGGAUUUUGUCAUCAUUGUAACCAAUUUUCAACAUAGACAAAGCUUGUAUAAAAUAUGUUGAAUUUGUACCUUUUGAAACAAUGUCUGAUCUUCAAUGUUAUAUCCACUAUCAGGAAAAAAAAUAUAGCUGGGCAGCACAGCUAUCCCUUUGGCAGAGAAUUCUACAGCUAUCCCUUUGGUCUCCCAUCCUGGGUUUUAACCCAGCCCAGCCCUGCUUAGCUUUGAUAUGUCACUAACAACCCCCCCCCCCCCCCCCCCAAAAAAUGCAUUUUGUGAACUAGCACGCGCAAUUUACUUUGUUCCCCCUUACUAGCUCUGAAUUUGCUGAUAGCUACUUCAUUGAGGAUAAAUGUACUUACUAUGACUGUGAUAUGAGGUUGUCCCACCUAGCUAUCUUAAGAUGAACGCACUAACUGUAAGUCGCUCUGGAUAACAGCGUCUGCUAAAUGACUAAAAUCUAAAAAUGUACGAGCUAAAUAGAUUCACUUUUGCUAUCGGAAGUCAUUCCAAGGGGUAGGUUUAACAGAGCAAAUGAAACGUAACCAUACUUUAUCAAUCAUAUACCAUCAAUGAUGCUAUUUAGGCCUGUAUAGUCAUCAACAGCUAUUGUUUCAAUUCAACCCAGGAUUCAACUAAAAAUAGACGAUACAUAUAGGCAUAGGGUUUAAAGCGUUGGUUGAUUUUAAAUGUAAUCUAAAAGUUAAUAAUGUACUGUAUAUGUUGGAUUCAUGUCUCCAUCUUAACCAAAAAUCUAAGUUAAAGAAUAGGACUAAAUCCAACUUUAUUUAAAUUCCAUUUACAGUUUGAUUUGAUUUUGUCCUAUUCUUUAAGUUAGAUUUUUGGUCGAGUUGGAGAAGUGAAUCCAACAUCUUAAUUACUAUUAGAUUUUUUGUACUUUUUGGGGGGUAUUUCUUUCUCAUUCGAUCUUGUCUCAUCGCUGCAACUCCCCAACGGACUCAAGAGGCGAAGUUCGAGUCAUGCGUCCUCCGAAACAUGACCCGCCAAACAGCGCUUCAUAACACCCGGUCGCUUAACCCGAAAGCCAGCCGCAUCCAUGUGUUGGAGGAAACACUGUUCAACUGACGACCGAGGUCAGCCUGCAAGCGCCCGGCCCGCCACAAGGAGUCGCUAGAGCCAGAUGAGCCAAGUAAAGCCC